UCACUAUUUACUCUACGAGGUCAAAACUCGUGUUAUUGUUAUCCUUUUAUGUUGCUUAAUUUAAAAUAUUAAUUUUAUAUUUCAGUAACUCAAAAUUUUAAUGAUUAAUAUUAAAUGUGUUCGUUUAUUUUUUAAGGAGACGUUAUCUCUGUAAUUAUUAAAAUGUUAAAUGUAUCGUCUGGUUUUCGAAAGACCACCGAGGCUCACCCAACUGUUGCUGGGUCCAAAUUGAAAAAUAAUAUUCUGUUUGUGUCAUCUGGUAUUCCAUCACUUGAUUAUGUGGUUGGUGGGGGUUUGCCAACAGGUGGAAUUUUUGGUGUUGAGGAGGAUGUGUUGGGAUCUUAUGGUCGAGUCUUGACUAAGUACUUCAUUGCUGAAGGUGUUGUGAGCAACCAUCAUUUGUUUAUUGCCUCAGCAGAUCAAAGCCCUGAAGAGACAGUUAAGGAAUUGCCACAACCUUGUGUUAAUCCAUCUAAUGAUAGAACAAGUAGUAAUGUUAAUAAUGAAAUGAAAAUAGCUUGGAGAUAUGAGAGUUUGGGUAAAGUGGAGUCUUCAUUUGAUUACGAAUCAAAUUUUGGUCACCAUUUUGAUUUGAGUAAACAUAUUGAUGUUGAAACAGUUAAAAAAUGCCGUAUAACUUACUGUGAUUUAAGAAAAUGUAAGAAUUCUAAUGAGGAUAAAUCAAAACAUGUAUUUAGAAAUGAUUUAUAUUAUAAUUUAAUAAGAAAAAUUGAAAAUACUUUGUCAAAUAAAGAAUAUGACAGGGAUAGUAAUAAUAAAAGCAUCUUACGGAUUAGUAUUCAAGCGUUGGGUUCACCAAUGUGGUUUUCUGUUGAUUGUGAUGAAGAGCCAUUAGACUGUAAUGCAUAUGGAAAGGACUUGAUAAAGUUUUUAUAUUGUUUGAGAAGAUUAAUACAAGAUAAGAAUGCUGUUGCAUUUGUAACGAUACCUUCGCAUUUGUUUGAUGACGAUCACCUUAUGAAUAGACUACUAUAUUCCAUAGAUAAUGCUGUCAGAAUAGAGUCAUUUUCAGGCUCCAAUAAGGAAACAAACCCAGUUUACAGCGAAUACCAUGGCCUAUUUCAUCUCACCAAACUGUCAGCAAUGCACUCUCUGGUGCCCUUUGUACCGUCCAGUCUGGAUCUGGCAUUUAAGCUGAAGAGGAAGAAGUUUGUGAUUGAGAAGCUGCACUUACCACCAGAGUUACAAGAUUCAAGCGAGCGUGAACAAGACGACAUAACAGCGAUACCGAAAACAUGCGGCGGUUUCAGAAAGAAAGAUAUUGAAUUUUAAUACAAAUUACAAUAAUUAUAGUCAAGACGAGGAAAUAAGUAAAGAAGGCUGAUGGUUCUUUCUAAAUAUUCGCUAAAUAAUAAUAAUAUUGGCACACUCUUACACAAAUUAUCUUGCCCGGAACUAGGCAUAGCCUGUACUAUGGGUACAAGACAACGAUAUAAUAAAAUAUAUUUACAUAAUUACUUAAACAUACAUAAAUACAAAUAAACAUCCAUGACUCGGAAACAAACAUUCAUAUUCGUAUAGCCUGUAUAGCCGAGUGGUUAGCGAUCCUACCUACUAAGCUAGAGGUCCCGGGUUCGAAUCCCGGUAGGUACGAGCAUUUAUAUGAUGAAUAUGGAUGUUUGUUUCCGAGUCAUGGAUGUUUAAAUAUAUUUAUGUAUGUUUAAGUAAGUAUAUUGUAUUAAAUAUAUCAUUGUCUUGUAACACAUAACACAGGCUAUAUAUGCUUAACUUGGGGCAAGAUAAUUUGUGUAAAAAGUGUGUCAAUAUUAUAUUCAUAUCAUAUAAAUGAUUAACCUACCGGGAUUCGAACCCAGAACCUCUAGCUCAGUAGGCAGCGUCACUAACCACUAAUCUAUACGGGUCGUUCAAAAGAAACAUCACUAGGAUAUUAUUUUCAAUAAAUAAAAAGUUAUUUAUUUUUCAUACAGCUCUAGCGAUAAGAAACUUCAGAACUAUUAGCAACAAUAAAUUCAAAACGUAACAAUGAAAACUUUAAAACAAAGCAGUUUUAGCAUGAAAUAUCAUCACAUGCACCUAACGGUAAUGAAACUGCAAACCGUACUGAUUGUAACAGCGCGACCACGAGGGGGUGAAGGAGGAAUUUGAGGGGGCUUCACAUUCCGACCAUGUGCAGAGAAAAUGUUGCCGUGUAAUAAAGAUUUUGUUAUUAAUUUAAGAGGAAUUAAGCAUAAUAAAUUAAUUUUUCAUUCA